AGGAGGAAUCCCGCACGUUGUCCUCUCUCUCUCUGCUUCUCUCUUUCUGUCUCCUUCUCUCUCUCUCUCUCUCUCAUUGUCUCAUAUUAUACAUAAUCACUCUCUGCCGCUCUUCUCGCACGUUCGUCUUGUUCUUUGUUUCCAUAUUCCUUCUUCUUUGACACUAAAAUCACAAUUUAUACAAAAUGACAAUGAAACGAGGCAAAGGACAAAAUAAAAAAAAAUCACAAGAAAAAUCUUCUCCGCAAAAAACCAACGAAAUGACUGCAGCUCUGCAAAUGAGGCGGCCUGAGUCUUCCGAUGAUAGACAUGUUAUGGCAAAGCAUGCCACUAUUUAUCCAACAGAAGAAGAGCUUCAGAGAUUCCAGAACAUUGUAUCAUCCUGUGAAAGGGCCUUAAAGUCAGUUUCUGAUCAAAUUGCUGAAGCUGAAACUCUGAAGAAGAAAAAUGGUGGCAAAAUGUCUGCAGAAUCUGCUGCAACUGACGGGGAAGGCAAGGAAAGUGGAAAGAAAGAGGAGCCUACACCACGUGCUUUAAAGGGGGUCAUGCGUGUUGGUGUUUUGGCGAAGAGUUUAUUGCUCCAAGGCGACACAGAUGUUCAGCUUGUAGUUUUGUGUUCUGAUAAGCCAACAAAAAGUUUAUUAAAGAAAGUACACACUUUACUCUCAAAGACAUUAGCUACUGUGACCGAAGAGAAGUAUGAACUUAAGAUGUCAGUCAGCGAUGCCUCAAUCAUUGUUUCCAGUAUAGACAAGGAACCAGUGAUUUCCUGCACCAUCAUGCUCACCUCACCUGUCAUUAGGGAACCACCUACUGUAAAGCCAGAACCAGGUGGAAAAAAGCAGAAAGAUCCUGUUGAUCUCCUCAACAAACAGACAUGUUUGGAUGCUCUAGCAGUUCUGAGGCAUGCCAAAUGGUUUCAGGCACGAGCUACUGGUCUUCCAUCGUGUGUUGUGGUGUUACGGAUCCUCCGAGAUUUACGCCAAAGAAAUUCUGUAUGGGCUCCACUUAGUGAAUGGGCAAUGGAAUUGUUAGUCGAGAAGUGUAUCAGUAGUGCAGAGUUCAAUCUUGGCCCUGGUGAUGCUCUCAGAAGAGUCGUUGAGUGUUUAGCAUCUGGCAUAUUUUUAACAGAUGUUCCAGGAUUGUAUGAUCCUUGUGAGAAGGAUCCCACAGAUGUCCUUGAUAGUAUGUCCAUGCAAGACCGAGAGAACAUCACUGCUGCAGCACAGCACACACUCCGAUUAAUAGCAUUUCGCCAAAUCCACAAAGUUCUCAACAUGGAGCAGUUACCUUUACCACGUUUCAGGCGGAAAAAUUUCAAGCCACGUAAACGCAAGCGUGCAGUUGAUGGAGAUGCUGUUGUUGAUGGUGAUGGUGGUCAGGGAGAGGAGGAAAACAAGAAAGACAAGAAGGAUGUUGAUGGAGAUGCUGCAACCAGCCAACCUUCCAGCCACCAAGCUGAUGUUUAGAAACGAGGGUCACAAUGAAAAUAAUCAUCAAUUCCUGUUUCACUCAUUUAUAACAGAUACUAGUUACCUUCUGCUUCUUAUUGUAUACCUUUUUAUUGUAUAUCAUUAUUUUGGAUUAUAUAUAUGUACUCCACUUUGUUAAAAAGAUCUUCAUUCUCAUAUGUUACGGUAGUAAAGUGAUAGAAACCGCUAGAAAUUCCUUGAGACUAAAUCUCCUUACACUGGAAGUGCAAAUCUAAAGGUGACCUUGCCAUGCUUCCCUCUGGGGUGGUCUAUCAAUAUAACUGUAAAAUGUGGGGUACAAUCAAUUAUAUUCUUCAUUUCAGUUAUCUUGUUACUAUGAAUGUUCCAGGUUAAUUAAGGCAGAGUCAAUUAGAAAUUAUCAUUUCCUAUUUAAGAAACUUCUUUCAGUAUUCCUUUCACCUCCAAUUUAUUUCAUUUAUAUAUAUAUAUAUGUAUGUGUGUGGAUGUGUUUGUUUAAAAUAUAUUCUUUUUCUUUUUUUUUUUUUUUGCCUUAAACCUUUUUGAUAACAGUAUUCUUGUUUAGACUCGUUUUAUUUCUGGUCUUCAACUUUUCCCCCAGCAUCAUCCUUGGUUGUUUUUUGUUUUUUCCCCCCUCAGUUAAAACUGAAAUUAGAAAUAGAUAUCUACCUUUUUUUCUCUAUAAACAUUUCCAAAGACAUGAAGAACUGUUGGAGCUUUAAUAUUUUUGAUGUUACCACUUUAUUUCUUGUCCUUCUGCUUAUAUUUUGCAAGCUGUGUUUUAAUUAUCCUGAACAAUUUGCUUGGUAACGAACAUAGUUUAUUUGUUUUAAACAGCUACAAAUUAUUUCAGUUUAGGGGGUCUAUUGAUUUAUUUAUAAAGCCCUGUCGAGAUCAAAUUUGCUUUUCAACUUUCUGGGUGUUGAUAUUAUCAUCUGUCCCCUUUUCCACAAAAUUGAAGACCUGAGACUUAUAAAAAGAAGCUUCAAGUCGGCAGGUUGGGGUGGGGUUCCGAAAAUUUAUUGAGAGCACACGUGCACAUACGUACAUACAUAGAAAUUGUCCAAUUGUUAGGUGUCCGCUUAUUCAUACACAUUCUUUUUUAAUUUGUUAAGUUUAUUUAAAAUCAUUUUGAAACAAAACAAUGAGAUUGGUCUACUUACAUUUAUUGUAUUAAGAAUAUUACAAAUUAAAUUUUUUUUUUUAAUUAACACAAACAUAAGUUAACAAACAGAUUCUACUAACAAGGACAGUGGUCUACAUGUUAGUAACAUAUAUGCUUAUUUCAUAGUUCUUUAAAUAACGGUAACAGGAUACUACAUGACUAACUCUUUUGAUUACUAACCUGUCUGGGACCAUGUUUGGUUCUUUGAUACAAACUUCCUGUCAUAAAGUGAUCCAAAUUAAAAUCUUCCAUCAAACUUGUCUGCUAAUUUAUGCUCCAAACACCUGCUUAAUUACAUUACUAAAUCCCUCAUUAUUUUUUAAAAACAUUACUAGAAACAAAGGCAAUUGUAUUUCAACUGAAAUGUGGUUACGAAAGGGUUAACAGUGUACUUAAAUCAUUUGACACAAAGUGGAGUACAUACAUAUUCUCUCUAAUUCUCCCAUUCACAGUCAUAACUACAGUUUAUUUACUUUGAAUGUGUGUAUGUAUGCAUAUUUGUGUGAGUGGAAUUCUUUGUCGUAGUCACGAAAAUAUAUACAUUUAAAAUGUCAAGAUUUAUACAUUUUUGGCAGAAGCUAAAAAAACCAAAAAAAAUCUCAAAAUAAAUUUUCAGUGUUUCUCCUGUCAUUGCACAACUAACUGAAUUGUAAGCAUUCUGUCAACAGAAUAGUCUCAAAUAAAUAAUUCUCCACUAUUA